UAUGAAAAAGAUUUGAUUUUGUUGAAAUCCAUACCAAUUCUGUUGAUAUAUCGAUGUUUAAGAUGGGUUCAGUUUAUGUUUUCCUUCUAAAGAAACGAACACACAAACACACAUUUUCCCAUGGCUGCAUUUGCAACUGCAGAAGCGUGUGACAGCAACGCAGAACUAAUAUCAAACGGAGACUUACGCGCUCUCCACCCAAUCUUCAAGAUGUAUGGCCAAAGAAGAUGCUUCUCAGGACCAAUCGUGACUCUCAAGGUCUUUGAAGACAACGUCCUCGUCAGAAACCAACUAGAAACGAAAGGAGAAGGCGGAGUCUUAGUUAUAGACGGUGGUGGAAGCAUGAGAUGUGCGCUUGUUGGAGGAAACCUCGGACAGUUAGCUCAGAACAACGGGUGGGCUGGAAUUGUUGUGAAUGGAUGCGUUAGAGAUGUGGACGAGAUCAAUGAUUGCGAUGUUGGGGUUAGGGCCUUGGGAUCUAACCCAUUGAAGUCUACUAAGAAAGGUCAUGGUGAGAAGAAUGUGCCGGUUCAUAUUGGAGGAACUUUGAUUAGAGAUGGAGAGUGGCUUUAUGCUGAUAGUGAUGGUGUCUUGAUCUCCAAGACCGAACUCUCCGUUUGAUUCAGACUGUUUCCAUCGACGACAUUGCUAAGACAGUCUGCAGCUUCUCUUGAAGCAAAGCUAUUCGAAUUCUUAAUCAUCUUGCUUAAUGUUUCCCAAAUAAUUUAUUUCUUGCAAUAUACUUAUGUAGUUAUGUUUUGUUAAAUGUUACUAUUAUAUCAUACAAAAUAAAAUAUAAAACCUUACUCUAUUUUUUA